AUGGGGAGCCCCGCGAGCGUGCAUAUCGUCACCAAAGAGUCUAUCAGUCUCGAGCUUUUACGCGAAGGCGGCCUCAACAACCUCGAACUGCGCGGUGACAUGAACCUGCAUAUCUCCGACCCUGCGUUCGGCCGCAUCAAGCUUGCGCUUGCACCUGCGCCUACCUUCGGCGCUGAACUGCACUUCAAGCACCAUCCGAGCGUUGGCGAGUUUGCCGCCAACGGUGACCGUCUCGUCGCUCUCAAGGACCCCUCGCGGUCGUUCCCGAUCGGUCAACCGCUGACCGUGCUCAAGUGGAUAUACUCUGGCAAAGAUGAGGAGCACGUACCGCUGUCGAUCAACUGCUGGCCCACCCCGUCCAACGACGGGACGUGCGACGUGAAAAUCGAGUACGAGCUCGAGAACAAGGACAUCACCUUGUCCGACGUCGUCAUCUCUAUCCCAUUGCCCGGCGGCUCCUAUCCCACCGUCUCGUCCCACACUGGCGUAUGGGCUCUCAACUCGUCCAGCCAUUCGCUAGACUGGUCGACUCCCCUGAUCAACACCGACGAUCGCUCCGGGUCGCUCGAAUUCUCGGUCGGUGGCGAGGACCCGAGGGCCUUUUUCCCGGUGAAGGCGUCGUUCGUCGCACAGGGCAGCAUCGCGGGAGUCAAUGUUCAGUCGGUGACAAGCGUCGAGGACGAUGAGCUGGAGUUCUCGGAAGACGCGACCGUGAGCGUCGAUAAUUACGCUGUCGUGUACUAG